AUGUAUGAUGUGGAAUAACGCCACGUAAAUUACAGCAUUCUUUUGUGUCAGUGACUCACAAAAUUGAGUGAUUGUUUUGUAAUCCUGAAGCUGUCAACAUGGGAGGUGACAAAGUAGGGAGUAAACGAAGACAUCGACAUGACAGUUCUACAUCAGACAGUUCAGACUCCAGCAGUACUUCAUCUAGUUCAGAUUCAUCACCAGAAAGAAGAAAAAAGUCUUACAGACAUUCAAGAAGUUCAUCUAGUUCAGAUUCAUCACCCAACAGAAAGAAAAAAUCCCACAAACGACCUCACAGUUCUAAAUCAGAAUAUAUUCCGCCUAAGAAGAAAGUGCACAGAAGGAGCAGAUCAUCCAGUUCCAGCUCAUCAGAGGAAGAGAAAAGGAAAAAGAAGAAACAUGAUCACAAACACAAGAAAAAAUCAAAGAAACACCAUCGACAUUCCAAAGAGGAUGGUGGCCCUGUACAGUUGUCUAAGUUCAUGAAGAGAUCGCACAGUAAAGAAGAAGGAAACCGGAGUGCCAUUUCUGGGAAGAAAAUAAAGAUGAAGGUCAAGAAAUCAAAGAAAGAUAUUGCAAUGGCCAAGAGCCGUGCUCAGAAGCUGGACUUUCUAAACGCAGUGUUGUAGGGGAAUCGACGGGACCACUCGCCCAAUUCCAGUCGUAGAACACAAUGAUAAUAUAUGUGAAUCCUAUGUAAUUUAUUAUGAAAUAAAUUUUAUAUAAUAAAA